CGAGAGGGACCUUGAAAAUCGCGACCUAGACAUGCACCCUGCGUUAACAACGAGGUUAUGUAAGGGUCAUCCCGUUGACAGGAAUACGAAUGAAGUUGUGUAAGCCAUUCAUAGUUACACUGUACCAACUCAGUUUAAAGACGUAUACGUAUCUGCUGUGCCACAAUAUUUUUAUUGCGACUGCGGCUGAAUUGACACUAUGAACGAAGCGAGGCUGGAUCGAAGGCGAGGUCGAAGAAUUCCGAUUAUGGGACAGCCACUUCAAGGAAAGGUGUGCGUUGUGACUGGUGCUAGUCGUGGCAUUGGUAAAGGAAUUGCAUUGCAACUCGGAGAAGCUGGAGCUACGGUUUACAUCACAGGAAGAACUAUGAUGUCAUCAGAAUCAACAAAUCAUCGUGGAUCUUUACAAGAUACGGCUCGAGAGGUGGAGGAACGUGGUGGCACCUGUAUACCAGUGAAAUGUGAUCACACAGAUGAUAAACAAGUAGAAGAAUUAUUCGAUAAAAUAAAAAAAGAACAAAAUGGACGACUGGAUCUCUUGGUUAACAAUGCGUACGCAGGAGUUGAGUGUAUCUUUUCACAACUGGAUAAAGGAUUCUGGGAAUUGCCGCUUAGUAUGUGGGAUAUUGCAAAUAAUGCUGGGUUGAGAGGUUACUAUAUUGCCGCAGCGUUAGCAGCCAGGAUGAUGGUUCCAGCCAAACAGGGUUUAAUUAUCAACAUCUCGUCUUAUGCGGGUGCAAUGUAUUUUUUCAAUGCUGCCUAUGGUAUAGGCAAGGCUGGGUGUGACAAGAUGGCGUUUGACUGUGGUCAAGAGUUAAAGAAACAUAAUGUUGCUUACGUGUCCAUAUGGCCUGGACCUGCUAGAACGGAAUUAAUCAAAGAUUUCCUAUUAAAGGAUCCAUUUGAGAAAGAUGUUGUGAUGAGUAAUGGAUUCUCUAGGGCUGAAAGCACCGAGUUUGCAGGUAAAGCAGUUGUCCAUCUGAUGCAAGAUACGAACAUCAUGAAUAAAACUGGAUUGAUAUUAACAACAGCAGACUUAUCGUCGGAGUAUGGUUUUUUUGAUAUUGAUGGAAGAAAUCCAGUGAAUUAUAGAUGUAUUAAAGAUCUUGUAACACUAUACGGAUAUACCUGGCUAGCAAUGUUCAUACCGAGGUUUAUCAAAGUGCCGGCGUGGAUGAUGGCCAUUAUAAAUAGCAGACUAUACUAAAUUAUUUGCUGACCUAAAGGAACUUUUUAUAAACUUAGCUCACGGAAAUUUCAUAUGAACCCUUCAACUUGUAAUCGAUGUUCACUCUGAUUGAUCACGUGAGAUAGUAUUGGAAUUCUCUCAAAAUCCGAGGUUUUUUCUCGCGAGAUUAAAACAUUACAUUAUAUAAUACAGUAUUAUGCGGUUGAACGCGAUUUUACAAAGUUACAGAUUGCGUUUUUUGUAAGCUGUUCUUUUUAAAACUUAAAAUGUGUUAACGAAAAUAUUACACCGGUGUUGUUUUUCGACAAACGGGCUAUUAUUCAGCAAUAAUGCUGCAAUUGUACGUCCAUGGUUAUGUGAUUGUCAUCUUGUUUAUGAAGCUUUGAAAUAUAUCU